CCCCAUUAAUUCCCCAAAAAUUAACAAAAAAUAAAUAGCCAUAUACCCACCACAUUUAUCCACACCUCCUUAUCUAUCCACCUUAUAAAAAUCACAAUCCUCUCAUAUCUAACCUUACAUCAUCACCAUCAUAAUCCAUGGAUUGGUUCUCAUGGUUAUCAAAAACCACUCUUGACCCUUCACUCAUCUAUGACUAUGGCCUCAUCUUUGCACGCAACGAGCUUCAACUACAAGAUGCAUCUUAUUUCAACCAUGAGUUUCUACAAAGCAUGGGAAUCUCAAUCGCCAAACAUAGGUUAGAGAUUCUCAAACUUGUCAAAAAAGACCAACAUCACCUAGAGUCACUACAACAACAACCUAAGAAUCUCUCAAGUGUCAUCAAAAAGUGUCUCAAAAAAUGCAUGAGCAAAUUUGUUUCUCGCGACGACAACGACGUCAAGAGAAACACGAACGCGGUUUUACCGACGGUUUUACGUGAACCGAAUUGCUAUCAAGGGGAAAAAUGGAAAGGAGGGAAUCAGAAGCCGGUUUCAAUGUGUAGAAGCAGAACAAUGCCGUAUUCAGGGCCAUUAGAUGGAAGAAUGAUGCAUGAUAGAAAAUUUGUUAGCAAUAAAGCAUUGAAGUUAUCUGGGCCUAUUGAUGGAAGAAUGAUGAAUGAGAGGAUGGUGUAUACCAAUAGAAGCCCAUUGAGAAAUAGGCCCAUUGAUGGAAGGUUUACAGGAACAAUCAAAAGCCCAAGAGUGUCUGGGCCUUUUGAUGCUAAAAUGUUGUUUGAGAUUAAUAGAAGCCCAACAAUUACUAGGGCUUCUGUUGAAACGGAUAGCCCAAUGGGCUAUUGUAGUCCAUAUAAUAAGCCCAAAGAUGAGUUUGAUUUGGAUGAGGAGCGUAAGCUUUGGCCUACACUCUUUGAUCUUAAUCCAACUUGAUUUAUUAUUUUUAUUUUUUUGUAUUUUUUUCUUGUGUGAUUCAACGGUGAGUGAAGAAAGGACAUUUUUUCCUCUUCUUUUAGUUAGUAGUUUAUGAUAGUAAAGUAAUAGUUAGUGUGGAAUUUAUUGUGUUGUUGGAAGAAAAAAGUUUUCUUGUAUUCAUUGGUUUUCUAUUUACUUUGUUUAUACAUUA